AUGGCUGAUUCCAUUUUUCCUGAUAGGGAGAAGCAAAAACAAGCAGACAAUGACAUCAAGAACAUGUUAUCUUCUCUAACGAAACGCCUAGGCAGCCUUCAACGUGUUCAUAAUAAGGCGUCAAAAGGGGACUCGAGCCAGAGUGAUGACGAUGAUCAUGGCACGAGAAUCAUCACUCUAGCCGGUACUAAUGUAGGAGCCAGUAUGCGCGGUGAGAUGGAGGAGAAAGCUGGAUUUGAAGGCGAUUCAUCGGAGGAAAAUGAAGCGUUGAAAACAUAUGUAAAUAGCAAUUUUCAAGCACUCAACAAUUCUAUUAUGUUAGGUGGUAGCUAUUGUACUAAUGACCCUGGUGUUCAUUUGGAUAUAACUGAUUAUAUGGAACAUGACCAAGAGCCAACACCAAUAGGACCAUGA